ACUCGAAAGGUAAAGUUUAGCGACUUCAAUUAAAAAAAAAAAUAGUUAGUUAGCUAAAUAAUAAAUAUAUAAAAAUUGAGUGAUGUUAAUGUUGUUCCUCCCCUACAUAUAACACACGAAUAUCUUCAUUACUCUCAUGAGUCUCAUCAAUGGCUGCUCUCCCUCAAACCCCAGAACCCGAUACACCUUCCUCCUCUUCUGAAUCAGCUUCGUUGCACAAGGGGGUGGAGGCGCCGGCGGCAUCCAAGAUGAAGAAGAGAAGUCGGAAAGAUGUGAGCUACAAGCACCCUGUUUACCGUGGAGUUCGGAUGCGGAGUUGGGGGAAAUGGGUGUCGGAAAUCCGACAACCGCGAAAGAAAUCUCGCAUUUGGCUCGGAACUUUUUCCACGGCGGAGAUGGCGGCCAGAGCUCACGACGUCGCUGCUAUGUCGAUCAAAGGAAACUCCGCUGUUCUUAAUUUCCCCGAACUCAAAGACUCGUUACCACGUCCUGUUUCCCUCUCUCCUCGCGAUGUUCAAGAAGCCGCCGCAAAAGGAGCCACCAUGCUAGAAUUUACUUCUUCCGGAACUCCGGCACCGCCACUACGGCCACCGCCGGGUGAUGGUUCAAAUCCAGCGGAUGAGCUGGGUGAGAUCAUUGAGUUACCGAGUUUAGAAGGAUGCUUGGACUCACCGGAGUCGUCAACGGGGUUGGUGAUGGUUGACUUAGUUGAUCGGUGGAUGUAUCCGUCGUGGGCGGUGGCUGACAUUGAUGGUUUUCUGGACUUCAUCUCUGAUCAGGUGGCGGAGAACGGCAGCAGUAAUCUUAUAUGGGAUUGAAGUACGUUAUACAAAUAUACUAAUAUACUUUUUUUACUAAGCCACGUAAAAACAUAAUUUCCCCUAUUUUUAUUUUUGGAAAUAUAUUUAUAAAAUAAUAUUUAAUGGUAUGUUUAUAUAUAAUCAAAUAAAAGAUUAGAUUAUUCAAAACAAGAAUUGUUUUUCUGCUAAUCAUAUAAUUUAUUUGAUUAUAAGAUUGUAAUAAUACUUUUUAAGAAUUAUUUUUAAAAAUAUGUUAACCAAAAUAAAAUUCGACUUAAAUUAUGCGUUUUACGUACAAUUUACUUUUUUUAUACCCUCAAUUUUUAUAAUACUUUAACUUACUUUGUAGCUAUUUAUGGGUUUUCACCAUUUUGUAUAAUAUUGUUAUACAUAAAUAAACGUAUUUGCCAUUUUUUUUGUGCUUGUAAAUAAAAGGAAAUAAUUCAUUAUUCUAUUUAAUAUUUAUAAACGUAGUGACACAAACCGAUAUUUCCCAAUCAAUAUUGAGCCUGAAAACGUAAGCAUCGUUUUUAAUUCUCGUGUUAUUUGAACUUUGGACACAUAAUUGGUAUCAAGAAUGGACACUUGCAAAAGGCCAAUUUUGAUGUAACUAUUCAUAAAAUGAAGAAAAAAAAGCGAAAAAAUAAUACUACCUAAAAGCCGAAGAAGUUGUUGGAAAAAAUGGUCUGAAAAUGAUGUUUCAAUGUUAAUACUUACGUUUCAAAUUUUAAAAUGUACGUUUGAUUGCCUGAUUGUCCCACUAAACUCGCCAUUUGUUUUAAUAGCUAUUAUGUACACAGUUGAUGUAAAGUACACUAUUGAAUGGAAAAAGAAGUGAGAUUAAACAAAAUUUGUUUCUAGAAGUUUAUAUACUAAC